AUGGAGAACGACGAAGAAACAAGUUCAGGUCAGAUGAUGGACGAGAUCUACGCCAACGGUGACGAUAAGCAGCCUCACAAACCAAUCAUAAGCAGCGGAGAACAACUCGACGUUGAAGCCUACGCUUCUCUCUACUCUGGUAGGACGAAGAUCAUGCGGCUAUUAUUCAUCGCUGAUCGAUGCGAUAGUAACCCUUCGAUGCAGCUCGAAGCCCUAAGAAUGGCGUAUGAUGAAAUCAAAAAGGGUGAGGAUACACAGUUGUUUAAGGAAGCGGCGCAGAGGAUUGAUAAUCGAUUAGGGCCUAAUUAUGGCUAUGAUUCUUCCUGGAUUGAGGCUGUUGAGCGUCGUGCUGAGCAGAGGAAGGAGAAGCUUGAUAAUGAACUCAAUGCUUAUAGGACAAAUUUGAUUAAAGAAAGCAUUAGGAUGGGAUACAAUGAUUUUGGCGAUUUUUAUUAUGCUCAUGGACAGUUUGGGGAUGCCUUCAAGAGCUACGUUCGCACUCGUGAUUACUGCACCACUGCAAAACAUAUUAUCACCAUGUGUUUAAAUGCAAUUCUUGUCAGUAUUGAGAUGGGUCAGUUUUCACAUGUUACAAGCUAUAUAAGCAAAGCAGAACAGACACCAGAGGCUCUAGACCCUGUCACUAUUGCGAAACUUCGUUGCGCAGCUGGAUUGGCUCACUUAGAGGCUAAAAAAUACAAACUUGCUGCCCGCAAGUUCUUAGAAGUUGGUCCUGAGUUGGGUAAUAAUUAUUCUGAAGUGAUUGCACCACAAGAUGUUGCAACCUAUGGUGGACUCUGUGCACUUGCUACAUUUGAUCGAACUGAACUCAAGAAUAAAGUUAUUGACAACCUCAACUACAGAAAUUUUUUGGAAUUGGUUCCAGAGAUUAGAGAGCUAAUCAAUGAUUUCUACUCAAGGUUGUUACUAAUUGUUCUGGUUGCAAGUUUUGGAGCUUACCUUUUGUCACGCAACAUCCUAACAGUGUCAUUUGCUCCAAAAGACACACAUGAAGCUCAGGUUCAAUUUGCCCUUGAGAGAGGUGUGCCGGCAUUGAUAGGGAUCAUGGCUACCACCCGCCUUCCUUACCCUUCGAGAUCUUUUGACAUGGCUCAUUGUUCGCGCUGCCUUAUCCCUUGGGGUCAAUAUGAUGGACUUUACUUGAUCGAAGUGGACAGGAUCCUACGGCCUGGAGGCUACUGGAUCCUUUCCGGGCCACCCAUCAACUGGGAGGGUCAUUGGCAAGGUUGGGAGAGAAGCAAGGAAGAUUUGAGCUCUGAACAAAACACCAUUGAAGCUGUUGCUAAAAGCCUUUGUUGGAAAAAACUGAAGCAAAGAGGGGAUAUUGCAGUAUGGCAGAAACCUUAUAAUCAUGAACACUGCAAGAAGAGCCGCAAGGUUUUUAAGAAACCGCGAUUUUGUAAGGCUCAAGAUCCUGAUCUUGCAUGGUAUACAAAAAUGGAGGACUGUCUAACUCCACUCCCUCCAGUCUCUAACAUAACUGAAAUAGCAGGAGGGGAAAGAGCGAAAUGGCCAGCUAGACUAACCGCAAUUCCUCCAAGGGUGAGUAGUGGUAGCUUGGAGGGAAUAAUACCUGAUGUUUUCACAAAAGACACCGUGAUUUGGAAGGAGAGAUUAGCAUACUACAAGUCCUUGAACAAUGCACUAAAUGAUCCAGGGAGGUAUCGCAAUCUCCUUGACAUGAACGCGAACUUGGGAGGCUUUGCAGCUGCCCUUGUCAAUGACCCUGUUUGGGUUAUGAAUGUUGUCCCUGUUGAGGCCAGGGUUAAUACUCUUGGAGUAGUCUUCGAACGUGGUCUUAUUGGUACAUACCAAAGCUGGUGUGAGGCAAUGUCUACUUAUCCAAGAACAUAUGAUUUGUUACAUGCUGAUUCUGUAUUUAGCCUUUAUGAUGGCAGGUGUAAGAUGGAAGACAUUCUAUUAGAGAUGGACAGGAUUUUAAGACCCGAAGGUUGUGUAAUAUUCAGAGAUGACAUUGAUGUUUUAGUGAAGGUGAAAACUAACAUCGACGAAAUGCAAUGGGAUAGCAUAAUAUAUGAUCAUGAGGAAGGUCCAAUGCAAAGAGAGAAGGUCAUGGUUGCUGUUAAACAAUAUUGGACAGCUCCUGCACCUGCCCAAACUGAUUCUUAGAGAUUAUUAAGGUCCAAAUCUUAGGUUUUAUACCCCUUUCUUUUGUUCAUUUUGGCAACCGAUUCUUUUGUAAGUUUUUUUUUUUUUUUUUUUUUUUUUUUUGGAGUAACCUUUCUUUGGAAACAUACUCAAGUCUCUAGGUCGUCCACUCUCAAGAGUCAAGACUCAUCUGAAUCCCAACAUCAUCUCAAUAUCCACCACUUCUUUGGUGAAAUGUGACUAUUGGUGGAGGAAAAGGAAGAUACUACUACCAAUAUACUCACUAGUUUUACCCCCGAUCAAUUUUAGUUGAAAUUCAUAGACGAUAAACAUAUAGUAUAUCUUAAUUCUUUUAUUAUUGUUGUAAUUGAUUGAUUUAUAGAGUUAAAAAAUUCACAGGUAAAACCUCUUCUGUGAUCGUUUCAAGUGUAUGAAAAUGUCAAACUAUUAUAUUUUUCUUGAUUAAAAUGAUAUAUUAUCUCUUAAGUUUAUUGACAAAAAUGAAUUUGUU